UGCCUUUCUGGUCGGAGACCCCGACUCCUGGCCAAGGAGAUCUUCCUCAUGGAGCGGGCAAAGCGCAAGCCGCCAGAAAGUGGAUUCUGACGGCCAAGGCAGUGAGGGCCAGGAUGCAGGGGGACAAUCACAAAGAGGCCCUGUACUUGUCCAGAGCCGGUCACUGGAACCCGUGUCACAGGCUGGUGGUCAAGCACUUGGCAGCAGACGCCAUCAUCAACGAAAACUACACGUACCUGAAGGGGUUCUUGGAAGACAUGGCCAUCCCCGAACACAGCCGGCUGAUCCAGGACUGGGAGACAGCUGGGCUGGUUUUCCUGGACUACAUCAGAGUCAUCGAGAUGGUUGGCCGGAUCCAGCAGCUGGAUUGCUCUGAGUAUGAGCUGGAGGAUUUGAACACCAAAGUGACAUCGCUCUGCAGCAGGAUCGAGCAGGUCCCCUGCCGCAGCGCCAAAGACCGAUUGGCACAGUCCGAAAUGGCCAAGAGCGUUGCCAACAUCUUGCGUGUGGUGUUGAGCCUGCAGCACCCUCCGGACUCCAUCUCGGACUCCACCCCUGACGUCCAGAGAGUGCCGUUGCGCUUGCUGGCCCCCCACAUCGGCCGGCUGCCCAUGCCCGAGGACUACGCCCUGGAGGAGCUCCGCGGCCUCACGCAGUCCUACCUGCGGGAAUUGACUGUGAUGCAGUGAGGCCUCUGAACAUGGACCGGACGGCACUCGCCUCUACUCUCGAGCCCUGGUUUUUAGUCGGCGUUAGCUGCAAGCCCCCUCGCAGGCACUCGCCGCGAUCUCCGGCACAGAGAACACCUUUCCACCUUUCCCAGGUGCUGCCUGGCUGCCUCACUUCCACCUCAUCCCCGCAGAGAUGGAACCUGCAGACCUGGUCCGGCGGGGGGUGCGGUCCAUGUGCUUUCCCCAUGUGCUUUCCCUGUUGUUAAUAAAGCCUCUGAGAUGCUGCUGCUGAAGCCGGCGGAGGUGCUUGUCUGGCCUGCGUUGUCAGGAUCUCUGCAUAGCGUCGGGGAGGAGUCGUUACGGGCCCCUCCUCUCCACAGGACCUCCCUGUGAAGGCUGAAAGGGCACCCUCGACGGCUGCGCUGGAGGAGGCAAACGGGUGGGUCAGGGAGGGUGCGUCUCCGGCACGCCCGUGCCACGGGGGGCUUAGCAGGGACCCUCCAAAUGCUGCAAGCCCAACUUCAGCUGGAGUUGCAGCCUUCAGGGGGGAAGGGGGGAAUGACAUCAAGGGGCUUUUGGCUACUGCGAGGAGGGAGCAUUCGCCAUUCAAGAUUUGGGGUCUCUUCUGCUCCUCGUGAGAAGAGUGUAGUAGCUGGCCUCUCAGGGGUUGGCCGUGCUGCCGCCGUGGUCAAGCGCCAGCGCUAAUAAGCAUGGACUUCUUUGGCAAAUGCUGGACUUUGCUUGCUCAGUUCAGGCUGUGGCUUUAGCCUGACGGUGAGUCUCCUAGCCCUGUGGUUUGGUCGCAUUUGCCAAAAGGAAGAGGUGGUUUAGCCAGGGAGCAGCGGCAGAAAACCUUGCACAUCAUGAGCGAGGCGAGCAUCCCCGUCCCCCGACGGCCGAGCACACAGACCGGGGCUGCGGCUGCAAGGGGAUCGGCGAGUGCGUCGAGGGUCUGCAGAAGCGGGGGUGGGGACGGACACGUGCAGUUUAUGUAAAGGUUUUUAUCGAAAACUAUAAAUAAAUGAUCCAGAUUAUUUUCUUGUGUUUUCUGGAAACACUUUCUAAGAAAAAAAUAAUAAUAAAAUGUUUAUAGCAUUUUU